ACCUCGGGUUCUGGGAGGGGGUGCUACAGGGGUCCAGUGGGGUCCACGCUGCUGGAGAUCACAGGGUCUGUAGGUCCGGGUGAGUCCCUGUGCCAGCUCACCUAGGGGCUGCAGAGUGUAAUGGUUUGUGGCCAUUACACUUCACCUUCCCGAGCCUCAGUCUUCCGGUCUGUAAAUGGGGGUUACAGUAAUCACCUCCGUCGGUGGGUGUGAGAAUUAAGAGACCUGCCAUCAGCCAAGUGCUUAGGAAAAGGUGUAGCCUCCUUGCACGGCAGGGGCAGUCUUACCAGGAUUCUAGGAUUGCCCCUUAUCUCUGUCCGUCUGUCCCCCCUCUCUGUCACACACAAACACACACAAGCACAUACACAGAUGCUCUUUGACACUUUCUCCAAGUCAGAAUCCAGCCACUUGCCCGCAGACCCAGGGCCUCUGUCCCCAGCACACAUCCCUCACCUGGGAUGCUCAGCCCCGCUGGUACCGGAACCAGUAGGGAAGAACUGUGAACUGUAGUGUCCCAGCGCUCUCCUGGCCACGCCCCACCCCAUCAGCCCCAUGGCUAAGGGUGGCCAGUGGAGUGGGAACUGGUGUGUGCUCCAGAUGAAUCACCUAGGCAGGAGAGGCGAAAGGACUUUCCGUGGGGAAGCAGACUACCGAGGUGGUGGGGCUUGACAGGAGCCCGGGUUCAAAUACCCUGACCCUCCCCGUGAGACUGAAGUCUUCAGAUGCUGUGGAUCGGGCACAGCACAGGGCUUCUUCCAUCGUAAUUCUGUGGGUCAGUGGGGACUGUCCCUUCUGGCUGUACAGCAGCCCCACACUGGAGUAGAACAGGAUUUGACAAAGGAGAGCUAGUGUCCCUUUGGGUGUCUCUGUCUUAACCUCAGGUCCUGGCCUGUCCUUACUGCAGCUAAAUGUCUGCCAUCACUCACCACGUGUUCCCUGAGAGAACUUUAGUAGCAUCUACUUAAGAUUGAGACAAAUGAUAAAUGGGUGAGGGGGGAAAAUGCAACACACAGGAGCCUGAGCAAGAAUGUUCUCUGCCGAGGAGGGAGCAGCAGCACAGAGCCCCAGGCAGGCAGAAAGGUCCUGGGCGCCACAGAGGAGCUUUCUGAGGGGAAGAAGGUGGUAGAUGGAGCUGACGGGAGAGAGAAUGAAGCCUGGAGAUUUCAAAGUGAUUCAUAGGAUCUGACGUGUGGUUCUGAGGCUCAUUGGCUGCCAUGUAUGGGACAGCUUGUCCAGUACUGGAGGGGAGCAAGAACACAGAAAGUGGAGACGGCUGUUGCAGUUCAGAGCCAUGAGCCACCAGAUCCUGUUCCUCCUGGCCAUGCUGACCCUGGGUCUGGCUAUCUCUCAGCGUCGAGACCAAGUGCCGUGUAGGACGGUGAACAAGAAGGCCUUGUGCCAGGGCCUUGGCCUGCAUCAGGUCCCCUCCGUGCUCUCAUUGGACAUCCAAGCUCUCUACUUGUCUGGGAACCAGCUACAGAGUGUCCUGGCCUCCCCCUUGGGCUUCUAUACGGCUCUUCGUCACCUGGAUUUAAGUGACAACGAGAUUAGCUUCCUCCAGCCCGGGGUCUUCCAGGCCCUGCCUCGCCUGGAGCACCUCAACCUGGCCUACAACCGGCUUGCCAUGGGCACGGCACUGAACAGCGGUGGUCUGGGUCGCCUGCCCCUUGUGGCCUCCCUGGACCUGUCUGGGAACAGCCUGUAUGGCAGCCUGGUAGAGCGGCUGCUGGGCGAAGCCCCCAGCCUGCGCACCCUCUCGCUGGCGGAGAACAGCCUCACUCGCCUGGCACGCCACACUUUCUGGGGCAUGCCAGCGCUGGAGCAGCUGGACCUCCACAGCAACGUCCUGAUGGACAUCGAGGAUGGCGCCUUCGAGGCCCUGCCCCGCCUGACCCACCUCAAUCUCUCCAGGAACUCCCUCACCUGCAUCUCGGACUUCAGCCUCCAGCAGCUGCGGGUACUUGACCUGAGCUGCAACAGCAUCGAGGCCUUCCAGACGGCCCCGGAACCCCAGGCCCAGUUCCAGCUGGCGUGGCUUGACCUACGGGAGAACAAGCUGCUCCAGUUCCCUGACCUGGCCGCAUUCCCAAGACUCGCCUACCUGAAUGUAUCCAACAACCUCAUCCAGCUCCCUUCGGGGCUGCCCCAGGACACUGAGGACCGCCACGCGCCCUCGGAGAGCUGGUCAGCCUCCUCACUGUCCAACCCCAGCCGGAACGCCAGCACCCACCCCCUCUCCCAGCUUCUGAACUUGGAUUUGAGUUACAAUGAGAUUGAGCUGGUCCCUGCCAGCUUUCUUGAGCAUCUGACCUCCCUGCGCUUCCUCAACCUCAGCCGAAACUGCCUGCGGUCCUUUGAGGCCCGGCGUGUGGGCUCCCUGCCCGGCCUGGUGCUUUUGGACUUGAGCUACAAUGUGUUGGAAGCGUUGAAACUGGGCACCAAAGCCCUGGGGUCCCUACAGACAUUGCUUCUGCAGGACAAUGCCCUCCAGGAACUGCCACCCUACACCUUCGCCAGCCUGGCCAGCCUGCAGAGGCUCAACCUACGGGGAAACCAGCUCAGCCCCUGUGGGGGACCCGCAGAGCCAGGGCCCCGGGGCUGUGUGGACUUCUCUGGGAUUCCCACCCUUCACGUUCUCAACAUGGCAGGGAACACCAUGGAGACGCUCCGGGCAGGCAGCUUCCUCCACACCCCGCUAACUGAGCUGGACCUCUCUGCCAACCCUGGUCUGGAUGUGGCCAUGGGGGCCCUGGUGGGCCUGGAGGCAUCCUUGGAGGUACUGGAGCUUCAAGGCAACGGGCUGGUUGUCCUGAAGGUAGAUUUGCCCUGCUUCCGCCAUCUCAAGCGCCUUAACCUCGCCGAGAACCGCCUGAGCCACCUGCCUGCUUGGACACACGCCGUGUCCCUGGAGGUGCUGGAUCUUCGGAACAACAGCUUCCGCCUCCUGCCAGGCGAUGCCAUGGGUGGUUUGGAGACCAGCCUCCGGCACCUGUACCUGCAGGGAAACCCACUCAGCUGCUGCGGCAAUGGCUGGCUAGCGACCCAGCUGCACCAGGGCCGAGUGGACGUGGACGGUACCCGGGACCUAAGCUGCCGCCUCGGCUCCCAGGAGGAGCUGUCCCUGAGCCUCGUGCGGCCAGAGGACUGUGAGAAGGGAGGGCUGGAGAAUGUCAACCUCAUCAUCAUCCUCACCUUCACGCUGGCCUCUGCCAUCAUCCUCACCACACUAGCCACCUGCUGCUUCCUUCGCAGGCAGAAGUUCGGCCAGCAAUACAAAGCCUGACAGGGUGGGGAGCCUCUUCCCACUCCGUGUAGAAGCCAGGCGGGGGCAGAGAAGUUGGGGUCCCAACUCAGGUUACACAGUGACCAGGGCCUCCUGCAUCCUACCCCACAGACAGGAAGCUGCUUUCUGGGCUGCAGAUGUGGUCCAGCUGUGGAGCCCAAAGUGGGGCAGUUCGGAACAGAGGCCGCCAACAGAUCUCUGAGCAUCUGUGUCAUCCUCCUCCAGGUCUUAGUAAAUGAAACACGUGCCUGUCCUAUUCUCUAGCUGUCACAGAACCACACAGUGGGGAGGCAGGGGACCCCCCCCAAGACCCUACAUCCCCAGCUGGUCAGGGAGAACCCAUCCUGGCUGGCUGUGUUUAAGCAAGGGAGAGCCACGCUCAUGAGAGGAUUUGUCUGAGCCAUUUCCACCCAGAGCUCUGUUGCAUCUGCUGAUAAUGACUUCCGGCCUCUCUGGAAAUGAAGAGCAUGUGACCUGAAGAGAGAGCCAGAACCUUCCGCAGAGGUUUUGAAUCUGGGCUCCUGGGCCAGAUCCCAGGGCUGCAGCUGCUCCCGCUUGAAGUGUGUACACUUAGGCUCCCCCCCCCACCGGGCGCAGGCCGCUCCGUGUCCCGCCACGGACGGUCCCUCGGUGCCCUUCCUUCUGCACACUGACCCCAGUGCUGCCUGGAUUCCCAGCCCCCUGCUCAGGCCUCCUUCCAUCCCAGCCCCACCCUGACUUUUGAGCCAAGAGGGAGAACCUCUGCUAUCUGGUUCUGGUUUGCACUCAGCUCAGCAGCUGCAGAAGCGAAUCCAAGCCAACUCUCAGAGGUUUCUAUGUUAUCUGGGUUCCUUACUUCCCCUCUGAGAGCCCCAUGGUGGAGAGAGAUGCCAAAACCAAAAAUGAAUCAGACCCAUGUCCUCCCAUCUCCCUCCUCUCAGACAGGCACCCACAGAACCUCUGCUCUGCUGCUGCCCUUCAUUUAUUUACAGACUCGUAGGAAUUCUCCCUUUCUCUUCUUGCUUCCACAGUCUCAUUCCUGGAGUUUGAGACCAUUGAGUGAAAUCUCCCCGUUGAGCAGAUAGGAAAACGGAGGUUUAGGGCCUUGUUCAGAAUCAUAGAAGCCAAUGGCAGAAGCUGUGGGGGGAAAACAGCUGGCCUGUUGCACAGUGGUAGGGUGUUUGCCUUGUGUGCUCAAGGCUCCGAGCUGGAUGCCCAGCUUCUUCCCCUGUGUGUUUUCUUACUCCCAGAGGUCACAGCACGAGGCAAGGCCAGCUACGGUGCCUAUCCUCACCAAGAAUGGAAAUAAGAAGGAAAGACUCUCAGACUCCCCACUCAUUCUCCAGAUCCGUGGGCUGCUGGGAGGAAAGAGAGCACUGAGCUUAGUCACAGAGCCUGCUUGCCAGCUCUCCUGUGCUCAGCCCAUCUGCCUGGGCACUUGGUAGUGUAGAAGAUGAAAAUACCACUCACUCUGCCCCGUUUCACAGGCAAUGAAACUGAGGCCCAGAGAUGGUUAAAGGCUCAGAGAAUCAAUGGCAAAUCCAGGGCUGCAGCCCUCUCGGGGGCAGCUCUUGGGGACUCGGUGCUACUGCACACAGCACUCUCUCUCGGCCUGGAGGCCGAGUCAUGGCCCCUGUGCCUGAGCUCUGAAACACUAUAUCAUGCUGCUGUCACCUCCCAGGACUGGCCACCACCAGGGCUUGGGGCCAGCCCUUUGUAUAACUCACAUGAAUGUAUUAAAGUAUAAUUUUGGAGAAA